AGAGACAGACCGACAGACACUCGCCAGGCGACCGGCCGGGGGGUCGUUGGGGCCCGGAAGCCGCGACCGAGCGAGACUCCAAACUUGGAGAGAGGAGUGACCUGGGGGCCGGGGGCGGAGUCGUGAGCGGGGGAGGAGAGCGCCAGCGCUAGCGCCAGCGCCAGCCAGAGGAGCGCGGCGGCCCAGGAAGCCAGAGCGCCGCCCACCCAUCCGGGGCGAAGCGCGCGGGGAAGCAGGCUGGGCCGGGGGCUGCCAGCCUCAACCCCCCACGGCGACCCCUCGACCCCCCCCAGCCCGGACCCAAGAUGAUGAAGAGGCAGCUGCACCGCAUGCGGCAGCUGGCCCACACGGGCAGCCUGGGACGCACCCCAGAGACUGCCGAGUUCUUGGGUGAGGACCUGCUGCAGGUGGAGCAGCGCUUGGAGCCUGCCAAGCGAGCCGCUCACAAUGUUCACAAGCGGCUGCAGGCCUGUCUACAGGGCCAGAGCGGGGCCGACAUGGACAAGCGGGUGAAGAAGCUUCCUCUCAUGGCUCUUUCCACCACGAUGGCUGAGAGCUUCAAAGAACUGGACCCCGAUUCCAGCAUGGGGAAGGCCUUGGAGAUGAGCUGUGCCAUCCAGAACCAGCUGGCCCGAAUCUUGGCUGAGUUUGAGAUGACCCUGGAGAGAGAUGUCCUGCAACCGCUCAGCAGGCUGAGCGAGGAGGAGCUGCCUGCCAUCCUCAAACACAAGAAGAGUCUGCAGAAGCUGGUGUCCGAUUGGAACACCCUCAAGAGCAGGCUCAGCCAGGCAGCCAAGAACUCAGGGAGCAGCCAAGGCCUGGGUGGCGGCCCAAGCAGUCACAGCCACCUCACCACCGCCAACAAGGUGGAAACACUGAAGGAGGAAGAGGAGGAGCUAAAGAAGAAGGUGGAGCAGUGCAAGUGUCCUUUGUCCCCACAGCUCCUGGAGAUCCAGGCUGAUUACCAUCGCAGGUCACUGACCUCGCUCGACACGGCCCUAGCUGAGCUGAGAGACAACCACAGCCAAACAGAUCUCUCCCCCUUGAUGACGGCUGCCCCCAUCUCCAGGGUAUAUGGGGUGUCCCUGAGAACCCACCUGCAAGAGCUGGGUCGUGACAUCGCCCUGCCCAUCGAGGCCUGUGUCCUAAUGCUGCUGUCAGAGGGCAUGCAGGAGGAGGGCCUCUUCCGUCUGGCCGCCGGGGCCUCCGUGCUGAAGCGUCUCAAGCAGACAAUGGCCUCAGAUCCCCACAGCCUAGAGGAGUUCUGCUCAGACCCCCAUGCUGUGGCAGGUGCCCUCAAGUCCUAUCUCCGGGAACUGCCAGAGCCCCUGAUGACCUCUGACCUCUAUGACGACUGGAUGAGGGCAGCCAGCCUGAAGGAGUCUGGGGCUCGCCUGGAGGCCCUCGGUGAUGUUUGCAGCCGCCUGCCGCAAGAGAAUUUCAACAACCUCAGGUACCUGAUGAAGUUCCUGGCACUACUGGCAGAGGAGCAAGAGGUGAACAAGAUGACACCCAGCAACAUCGCCAUUGUCCUGGGGCCCAACCUGCUGUGGCCUGCUGAGAAAGAAGGGGAUCAGGCCCAACUGGAUGCAGCCUCUGUGUCCUCAAUUCAGGUGGUGGGUGUGGUCGAGGCGCUGAUACAGAAUUCAGACACCCUCUUCCCUGGAGACAUCAACUUCAGUGUAUCAGGCAUCUUCUCAGCCCUGGCCCCCCAGGAGAAGGUCAGUAGCCAACGAACCGCAGAGGAAUCGCCACCUGCUGCUGCGCCUGCGCCAGCUGCCACCCCAGCUCCCGUCCCGACACCUUCGAAAGAAAGGACAGAGUCGGAAUUGCCCAAACCAGCUUCUCCCAAGGUCAGCAGGAGCCCCACAGAGAUGGCUGCUUCAGCAGAGGACAUGACCCGGAGAACCAAGCGCCCGGCACCAGCCCGACCUACCAUGCCGCCUCCCCAGCCCUCCGGGGCACGCUCGUCCCCUCCAGCUCCAUCCCUGCCCCCCGGCUCUGGCAGUCCUGGCACUCCCCAAGCUCUGCCACGCCGUCUGGUGGGCACCAGCCUCCGGGCCCCCACGGUGCCUCCCCCGUUACCCCCCGUUCCUCCGCAGCCUGCCCGGCGCCAGAGCCGGCGUUUACCAGCCUCCCCGAGCCCGGCGUCCCCUGGCCCCGUCACCUCCAGCGCGCCUGCGCAGGUGGACCAGGGAGUCGGGGCAGAGGACAGAGGCGGCGCUGAGGCUGUAGGUGGGCACGCCACUCCUCCAAUGCUGCCACCCCAGCCCCGGCCCAGGGGCCUCACCUCAGAGACGGAUUGAGCAGGCCCUCCUGCCUGCCCAGUCCUCAGUGUCCCCUCCCUCCUCUUCUUGUCCUCCCGGGACAGCCCUUGCCCUGUGCCUAGGUGCCUGCUGGGUCGGCCCCCAUGGCUAGCAGGGCUCAGGCCAGCCCUCUGCUUUCUGA